CCUCUUCCGGUACCAAGUCGCUAACGUGCACCUCUCCGGUGCUCUCUUCUCGGCAAACUCCAUUAACGUUGCGUUUCUCUGCUCCAACACACAGAAUAUAAGCAAGGCAUUGGAGAUACUUCGUAGGAAUACACUGAUUGGAGGAGUUUGAAUUUCUGCUUAGCUAUCCGUUUUCGAGAAUAUUUUUGAAUGCUUGGAAUUUGAUGGGUGUUGGGAAUUUUGGGGUUAUUGGAUUCAAUUGCGUGAAGGAGGGAAUCUGUUUGUGAAACAUGAGCUUUAACUUUUUUAUGAUAGAUAAAUGGAAAGUGAGAAUGGUUCUAGUCGUGGGACGGGUAUAGAGUUACAAUUUGAUGGAAGAGCUAAUGAUAAGCUAGGGUUACACAAGGGUUUUUCAGAGAAUUCGAUGAAAGUUGGGGAGAAGGCAAUGGAUGGGGAAGAGGAGAAGUCUGGUUCUAAGAAAAGACCGAAGGUUCCGGAGGUUGGACUUGAUUCGGAUGAUGAUGAGCCCAUUGGGUUUCUGUUGAAGAUGCGGAGACCUAAAAACGCUAAGAAGAUUAAAGGGGGACUGGAGGGUGGUGGCAGAAAGGGCCAUAGGGUGGAGAAGAAGGAAGAGAAAUUGGUGAUUGAGGAUGAAGAUUUGGGGGGUAUGGAUGAUACUUUGGCUAGCUUCAGGAAGAAAUUGAAGGGUCCCAAGAAAGAUGUUGGAUCUGGAACUCUAAGGGGCCAAAAUUCUACUUUGCAUAGGCCUGUGGGGGGUGAUGGGGCUUCAGUUCUGACAUCUGUUUCAAAGUCUAUGGAUAAAGGUCAGGUUCUUUGUGAAGGUGGAUCUAAUAUGACUAUGGAUAGAAGGGUUGAGAGCAAGCAUGCGGGAAAGGUGAAGAGAUCCAAGAAUGAUUUACAAGCUAAAUCAGUGGUGGUUGCUGAUAAUUCAGAUGGACCAGAAUGUCAGGUUGAUUCAUUGGAAGGUCAGAAUGAGGAAGCUUUAUGGCCUGGGAAGGAUUCUAAUAGGUCCUCAGAUGAAAAGUUGUCAUUAUCCAUGUUCUCUGAGAAGAACCAAUCUGAUCUGGGAAAGAAAUCUGGCACAAAUUCAAGUUUUAAGAAGAACUUGAAGGCUCAGAAUUCGGAGGAUGGAUUAAAUCUUUGCUCUACAGGUGGGACAAAAGCUUUGGUGAAUCAUGAGUUAGAAAUGCCCAAUUCUACUUUGUCCUUGGGGAAAAUGGUAGAAGUUAGUGAGUUUUGUGACAUAGAAUUGCAUCAACAAUCUGACCUUUCAGCCAUGCAUGUUCCAAAGGCAUGCUUUGAGAUUUCUUCUCCUGCUAAGCAAGGAACUUCAAGACCUUGUUCUGCUGAUGAGUUCCAGAAGAAAUCUUGUAUAAAUGCAUCCGAGGAAGCCACCAAAUCAGAAUGUCGCUCUGCUCUCAAUCAGUGUGAGGAAGUUUGUGAACAAAAUCAAAAUGCUUUGUGUUUGCCUUUGACUUGCAAUAACAGUCCAAAUUCAUGCCUGGAAGAGAAGAGUUUAGAAGCUCAUGCAAAUGCACAUGAACUUGUCUCCUCCAUUCAGCACUUCAAAUCCUCAUUACAUCAAUCUUCAGAAAAUUUAUCUAAAGGGACUUCUUUUACUAGUCAUGAUUUUUCAUCCAUCAAGGAGGAGGCUGAUGGAGCCUUUCCUAUGUCUAUAAUACCAGAUGAAAUUGAAGGUUCUGUGCCUAAUUCUGAACCAAAAGACAUUAAUUUAUCAGCCAACCAGCGUGCCGGGCGUAGUGGCAGAAAGCACAGGCAUAGAGAUAUGGCUUAUGAGGGAGAUGCUGAUUGGGAGAUUUUAAGCGAACAAGGUUUCUUGGGAAGCCAGCAGGCUGUAGAUGGUGAUUCUUAUGUUCAAGAGAGAGAAAAGUUUGAUGAAAAUGACAAUGGUGCAGCAGCAGCUGUAUCAGCUGGGCUGAAAGCUCGUACUGUUGGUCCAGUUGAGAAGAUCAAAUUUAAGGAUGUCUUGAAGCGCAGAGGUGGGCUUCAGGAAUAUCUGGAAUGCAGAAAUCAUAUUUUAGAUCUUUGGAGCAAAGAUGUUAGCCGUAUUUUACCUCUUGCUGACUGUGGAGUCAGUGAUAAUCCUUCUGAGGAAGAAGAGGAGUCACCCCGUGCUUCCCUACUGAGGAAGAUUUACGUAUUUCUUGAUCAGAGUGGUUAUAUAAACUUUGGCAUUGCUUCCACAAAGGAGAAAGCAAAAUCUAGUUCCAAGCAUAACUAUAGACUUCUUGAGGAGAAAAUUGUUGAGUGCAGUUCUGCAGCUUCAGUUGCUGAUUCAGAUGAUGGAGUUGCCUUCAUCCUUGGUCAGGUCAAGGGUUCUGAAACUUCUCUGGAGGUAAAGAAUGUUGUUGAUGAUCAAAACCAGUCAACUGGACCCACAAUAGGUGGGGGGUUUGUUGAUUCAAUGACCUUAGAAUUACCUGAUGGGAAAGAAAAUGAGGAAUGGUCAGGUGGUAGUUUCCAGCAAAAUGGUAGCAUAAGUGCGGAAGUGGCAAACAUGGUAGUCAAUUUGCCAGUCCCAAGUGUGGAUGUAGAGAUUGAUUUGGUGGCAGCUUCUGUAAUAACUCCAGAAGAAAGAAAUGACUCACAAUGUGUUCAGGCUGCCACUUAUGAUCGUUGUGGGAAGGAUCAAGAAAUACAAUGUGAUCCUGAGUUCAGAAAGAAGAUCAUAGUCAUUGGGGCUGGUCCUGCUGGAUUAACGGCUGCACGCCACUUGAAACGUCAGGGUUUUUCUGUCACUAUACUUGAGGCUAGGAGUAGGAUUGGGGGUCGUGUUUACACAGAUCGUUCAUCUCUUUCAGUGCCUGUUGAUCUUGGAGCUAGUAUUAUCACAGGAGUUGAGGCUGAUGUGUCCACUGAUCGAAGGCCAGAUCCUUCCUCGUUGGUUUGUGCUCAGUUGGGUCUAGAAUUGACUGUGUUAAACAGUGCUUGCCCUCUUUAUGAUAUUGUAACUGGUCAGAAAGUUCCAACAAAUCUUGACGAUGCUCUGGAAGCUGAAUACAACAAUCUUCUUGAUGACAUGGUUUUUCUUGUUGCUCAAAAGGGUGAAUGUGCAAUGAGAAUGUCUCUUGAGGAUGGUUUAGAAUAUGCCCUUAGAAGGCAUCGUAUGGAACGGUUAGGAACAGAUGCUCAAGAAGUUGAAUUGAGCAAUUUCGGUGGAAGAGGUAAUGGGGGACAAUUUUCUAAAGAGGACAUUUUGAGUCCUCUUGAGCGAAGAGUUAUGAAUUGGCAUUUUGCACACCUUGAAUAUGGCUGUGCUGCAUUGCUUAAGGAUGUGUCUCUUCCACAUUGGAACCAAGAUGAUGUUUAUGGAGGAUUUGGAGGAGCGCAUUGUAUGAUCAAAGGUGGUUACAGUCGUGUUGUUGAGUCUCUUGGGGAAGGACUCUCUAUCCACUUGAACCAUGUAGUUACAAAUAUUUCAUAUGGCACGCAGGACUCAGGAGCUGAUCAUAAUCAACAUGGUAAAGUGAAAAUUUCCACAUCCAAUGGCAGUGAGUUUUCUGGAGAUGCCGUGCUUAUCACUGUGCCACUUGGGUGCUUGAAAGCAGAAACCAUAAAGUUUUCUCCUCCAUUACCUCAAUGGAAGCAGUCUUCCAUCCAGCGGCUGGGUUUUGGAGUUCUUAAUAAAGUAGUACUGGAAUUUCCAGAAGUAUUUUGGGAUGAUAAUGUGGACUAUUUUGGAGCAACUGCUGAGGAAACAGAUAGGAGGGGCCAGUGCUUUAUGUUUUGGAAUGUCAGAAAAACUGUUGGGGCUCCUGUUCUAAUUGCCUUAGUGGUUGGUAAGGCAGCCAUUGAUGGGCAAAAUAUGAGCUCUUCAGAUCAUGUACUCCAUGCAGUUCUGGUUCUUCGUAAACUUUUUGGGGAUGCAUCAGUUCCUGAUCCAGUUGCAUCAGUAGUGACAGACUGGGGCAGGGAUCCUUUUAGUUAUGGUGCUUACUCAUAUGUUGCCAUUGGAGCAUCUGGAGAGGACUAUGAUUUAUUGGGCAGGCCUGUUGAGAACUGCCUAUUUUUUGCUGGGGAAGCCACCUGCAAGGAGCAUCCUGACACUGUUGGUGGUGCUAUGAUGAGUGGACUUCGAGAAGCUGUGCGUAUAAUUGACAUACUCUCUACUGGUAAUGAUUAUACAGCUGAAGUAGAGGCAAUGGAAGCUGCUCAGAGACGGUCAGAAUCUGAGAGGGAUGAAGUUAGAGACAUAACGAAGAGGCUUGAAGUGGUUGAGCUUUCUAAUGUCUUGUACAGAAGCUCAUUGGAUAGAGCCCGUAUCUUGGCCAGGGAAGCUUUAUUACGGGAUAUGUUCUUUAAUGUUAAAACCACUACAGGGCGAUUGCAUCUUGCCAAAAAGUUGUUGGAUCUCCCUGUUGAAUCACUGAAAUCUUUUGCUGGAACAAAGGAAGGGCUAACCACACUCAAUUCAUGGAUGCUGGAUUCUUUGGGGAAAGAUGGCACCCAACUUCUGCGUCAUUGUGUUCGUAUUCUUGUGCUUGUUUCAACUGAUCUACUUGCAGUUCGUUCAUCAGGUGUUGGGAAAACUGUGAAGGAAAAAGUUUGUGUACAUACAAGUCGUGACAUACGAGCCAUAGCAAGUCAGCUGGUCAAUGUGUGGCUUGAAAUUUUCCGAAAGGAAAAAGCUUCAAAUGGUGUAAGGUCACUCCGGCAAGCAACUGUAGACUCUUGGAAAAGAAAAUCUUUUAAAGAUCCAGCUUCAGGAAAGCCACCUCUACGCUCACAUCAUGGUGCUUAUGAGAUUAGACCAAGCUUGCAGGGUUCUGUGAUUGCUGGAAGCCAGUUAAAUUCCAAUGUGAAACAGAAUAGCAAAACAAUCAAUCUGGAGGAUAAAAUAGUUAUGUCUGAGGAAGAGCGAGCUGCCUUUGCCGCUGAAGAAGCAGCUCGAGCUGCAGCAAAAGCAGCUGCAGAGGUACUUGCAUCUUCAGAAGCCAAUCGCAACAAAUUGCUUCUUCCUAAGAUACCUUCUUUUCAUAAAUUUGUAAGACGGGAGCAAUAUGCUCAAAUGGAUGAAAGCAAGUGGCCUGGUGGUGCUUUGGGAAGACAAGAUUGUAUUUCAGAAAUAGACUCUAGGAAUUGCAGAGUUAGGGACUGGUCUGUUGACUUCUCUGCUGCCUGUGUUAACCUUGGCAGUUCUAGAAUGUCAGUGGAUAACCUGUCACAGCGCAGUCCUUCAAAUGAGAUUGCCUGUCACAUGAACGUUAGAGAGCACUCAGGAGAAAGUUCAGCUGUUGAUAGUAGUAUUUUUACAAAAGCUUGGGUUGAUACUGCUGGUAGCGUGGGUGUGAAAGACUAUCAUGCCAUUGAGAGAUGGCAAUCUCAAGCUGCUGCAGCUGAUCCGGGUUUCUAUGAUCCAACAAUGCAUAUAAAGGAUGAGGAAGAUUCAUAUACAAGUUCAAUGCACCCAACCUAUCAUGGACGAGUAAAUGAAAGUUCUGUAUCUCAAGUGACGAUAAACAAGGAGCCAUCAAAAAAUCAUCCCCGUGGUGCAGAGCGUAUUAAGCAGGCAGUUGUUGAUUAUGUUGCAUCAUUGCUAAUGCCUCUUUACAAAGCAAGGAAAAUUGAUAAGGAUGGAUACAAGUCGAUUAUGAAGAAAAGUGCAACAAAGGUCAUGGAGAAGGCAACAGAUGCGGAGAAGGCCAUGGCUGUUUCUGAAUUUCUUGAUUUUAAGCGCAAGAAUAAGAUCCGUGCCUUAGUGGACAAAUUGAUUGAAAAACACAUGGUAAUGAAAUCAGCUGCAAAAUCCUGAUGAUCCUGAAGAUUGACUGGAUCUUUAUCGCACUAAUGUGUAAGAGAAAAAAAGUCUCCACACAUAUGAGGUUGGCUGCACUAAUGUGUUCAUCUUUGUUGGGCUCCAAAGGAUGGAGAGUACCCAAGAUUUUUGUUCCGGGAUCGCCACAGAUCAGAGAUGUUAGACAACUGAUGCUUCUUGGUUUAAAUAUUUGUACAGCUUAGGAUUCUUUAGUGAUGACAAGCAUACAGAGGUCUUCCAUCUGGACACAGUUGAACAUUCUCCCAGAUUUUUUUAAUUGAACAGUAAUUGCUAACUGUUAUUUCUUUCUCCAAAGCUUGGCAAAGGAAUGACAAUUUAUAUUCGUGGAAACAAUAUGAGUGCAUCUGUCAACUUGCUUUAUCUUUGGUUGUGUGACUUGCAUGGCAUGAUAUGCACGUAUCCUAUUUCUUGUUUCAGGAAUUAUCCUAGUUACCUCAAUUUUGAUGCGACAAUUGAAAUGUUACAGUAAGAUGCUUGAAUAAUGGACCUGUACUUUCCAUUUGAUCUAGUAAUAUUAGCAUUGACAUACAAUUCUUGGCGUUAUCUUAUCUGUAUGCCUUGUUCUGGUAAAUUCCUUGCUAACACUUGUUUCUUAAUAUUGCCAGGUUGGGAAGUGCUAUAAUUGUCUGGUUAAUGAGGUAUGCCCUGAUUCACUCGGUUAAAAAGGGUGUAAUGUUUUGUUUCUUUUUGUUUCUACCCGUCUUUUCCUGUCUGCCUACAUGCUUAGUAUGUAUUGUGUUGUGUCCAAUAGCUGAUACAUAGUGGUAGAUUGAAUUGUCCAAAUGAAUCAGGCGUGUGUACUCUUUUGUUCUGCGUAUUCUUUGGUAUUCAUAGGUAAGUUGGGAUCGCAGGAUCAUUCUGUUCUGACAUCUGAGGUGGCUGAAUCUAAAGAAUAGAGCCCCUUUCCCAGGUUUUAGAGGCAUGAAUUGUUUCUUGCAGAUGAUUGGGAACUACUUGUCUAUGGUAAACUAA